AUGAAGUCAGAUAUCGCAGAUAGUAUCAGCAACAGCUACAACCAGCCAGCCGGUCCUUCGUGGUUGGAUAAGCGUUAUGAAAUUUGGAAGGAGUUCACCAAAAUGGAUGCUAACGGUCUGGAGAGCAGCUCAUCCGAGGACGAUAACGAGGAUGACACGGGCAACGUUAGGGAAGGUAUACAGGGAUACACGAAGCACAAGGACUAUGUCAUUGCAUGGGGAUCUCCCAUUUGCGACAAAUCACGCUGGGCAACUGUCGCGAGAAAGUUUAUCCAUUUCUGCCAGUCCAAUGGGCUAGUUUGUGUGUGGACAUGCGUCGGGGAGGAAUUUGAGCGCGUUUUGUCUGAGCCUGAUCUCAAUUGGUCGAGUUUAUCGUGUAUAAGACAGGACAUUGUCGACUUAUCCACUGUCAACCUCAUGCGUUCUAGGGAUGUUCGUAGCAAUGUACGCAGAUCGAUAAAAGAAGGAAUUGUAGUGGAUGAGGUGCACGAAAUCUCAGACAGCGACAAAGCGGCUGUUGAACAAGGUAUUCACGAUUGGAAGAAGAAGCGUACCGGUAUCCAGAUCGCUACUCAAGACCUGCAACCAUGGGUCGAUCUUAAUCAUCGUCGUCUUUUCUACGCGCGUCAUGGAGAUUCUAGGAAAAUAUGGGGAUUCACCGUUUUAUCGAAAAUUUCAUCAAGUUGUCAUCAAAUCGAACACUCGAUAGUGUUCCCUAACGCGCCUCGAGGCGUGAGCGAGCACCAGUUGCAUCAUGUCCUCGAGUCACUCCAAGCGCAAGGCGUGCUCUAUUGUAGCUUCGGAAUAAGUGCCGCUGAUCAGCUUAUUCCGACGCACAAUCUAAGCAGUAUGAGGAUGGCAUGGUUGUCCAAGAUGUACAACUCUAUCGUUUCGGCUGCUGGACUCACCAAUCGCGGUGCAUUCAGGGAGAAAUUCGAUGUAAAACAUCAACCACUCUUCAUAUGCUAUCCUAAGGGUAAAUUUGGAAGUGAAGCAUUGAGCGCUCUUAUGAAGAGCGUCCAUACUAAGUAG